GAACCAAAUCGGCCAAGAUGAACGAUUUGAUGACGAAAUCGUUCUUAAGUUAUGUGGAAUUGAAGAAACAGGCGCAGAACGAAGCCGCAUGCGGCGGUGGCGGCGGCUUCGACAUUGAAUCCGGCGGCCAAGAACUCAAUCCGACGGAAGAACAGAACCUGUCUCUGUUUUUCGGACAAGUCGACGAAAUCAAGACCCAAAUGGAAGAGACAACCAAUCUCUUGAACGACAUUCAAAAACUAAAUCAAGAAGCCAAAUCAACCCACAACGCGAAAAUCCUCCGCGGAUUAAGAGACCGAAUCGACUCCGACAUGGUCUCAAUCCUCCGCAGAGCAAAACUCCUUAAAGAAAAAUUGGCCUCUCUCGACCAAUCCAACGCCGUCAACCGCCUGGUAUCCGUCGCAUACGGCGAAGGAACCACCGUGGACCGGACAAGAACUUCAAUCACCAACGGACUGAGAGUGAAAUUGAGAGAAAUGAUGAUGGAAUUCCAGUGUUUGAGAGAAAAAGUUGUGGCGGAUCACAAGGAGGAUUUGAGAAGAAGGUAUUUUAGUGCAAAUGGGGAACAACCCAGUGAAGAAAAGAUUGAGAAGAUUAUGUCUGGGAGUCUGAAAUUGGAUUCGUUUGGAGGGAAUUUGAGCGAGGCCGAGUUGAGAGACCGAGUCAGGCACGAGUCAGUGAUGGAUAUACAGAGGAGUUUGAAUAAACUUCAUCAGGUGUUUUUGGAUAUGGCGAUUCUGGUUGAGAGUGAAGGGGAGAAGAUAGAGAACAUUGAGGAGAAUGUGGCGAAAGCUGGGAAGUUCAUCAAUGGCGGAACUCGAAGCCUUUACUAUGCGAACCAGAUGAAGAGGAAGAACAAGAAGUGGGUGUAUUGGAUUUGGGCCGUCAUUUUUGUUAUAUUGCUUAUUUGCAUUGUUUCAAUGUUGGUCAUUUAAAGUUUUCUUUCUUACUCCUUUUUUCUCAGACAUUUUUCAACACAAAAUU